AUGAAUUAAAAUAAAUCAAAUUGUCAUAGUGAUUAUGGUAAAUCUGUCUGUUUUUCUCCUGAUGGAAAUACUUUAGUUUCUGGUAGUAAUGAUGGGUCUUUCCUUCUAUGGGAUGUAUAAAAAGGAUAAUAAAAAGCUAAAUUGGAUGGUCAUAAUGUCACUGUCUCAUCAGUUUGUUUUUUUCCUAAUGGAAAUAUUAGCCUCUAGUAGUGA